CCCCCCCACACUACCUUCGCCCUCACUCCAUCUGUCUCAGACACAACCUCUCUAAACGCUGCAAUUUUUAUCUCUCUCUCUAGAAAGCACCACUCUCUCGUAUAUACCAAUACGCACAGAGAUGGAACUACCGGAGCUAUUUAUGGGAGAUUGCUUUGGCGCCGGUGCCGGUCCAUUGUCGCCGGAAAAACAGAAGCCAGGAGAGAACUUCACCGUUGACGACCUCCUAGACUUUUCGAACGAAGACGCCGUUAUGACCGACGGUUUCUUUGAGAAUGUCGCCGGAAAUUCUAACGAUUCUUCGACCGUAACCGCUGUCGACAGCUGCAAUUCGGGCAACGGAGCUCAGUUAUCCGGCAUCUUUGGCUCCCGGAGCUUCGGCGACUCUCAGUUCACCGGCGACCUCUUCGUUCCGUACGACGACCUGGCCGAGCUGGAAUGGUUGUCGAACUUCGUGGAGGACUCGUUCUCGGUCCAACAAGGCCUCCACUUUCUCACUGGGCCCACCACCGCCACCGCCACGAAACCUAAUACACCCGAAUCGUCCUCCUCCUCCGAAACGCUUCCUACCCGAAAUGUCCCCUUUUUCCAACCCGAAACUCCACUGCCUGGCAAGGCCCGUAGCAAGAGAUCACGUGCCGCCCCUUGCGACUGGUCCACACGCCUCCUCCACCUUACCACCCUGUCCGAGGUCGACACUCCAAUCGAAAAACCAUCAUCUGCAACCACGAAGACGACACCGUCUAAGAAAAGAGAGAGCAAACAAAACGAGUCAGACUCUUCGGGCCGGAAAUGUUUGCACUGUGCCGCCGAAAAGACUCCACAGUGGCGGACUGGGCCCAUGGGCCCGAAGACCCUUUGUAACGCUUGUGGGGUCCGUUAUAAGUCGGGUCGGCUAGUGCCAGAGUACCGACCCGUCGCGAGUCCAACUUUUGUGUCGGCGAAGCACUCCAACUCACACAGGAAGGUCUUGGAGCUGAGGAGGCAGAAGGAGGUGCAUAGAACUCAACAACAACAAUUUCUUAGUCGAGGUUCAAUUUUCGGCGUAUCAAACGGUGGUGGUGAUGAUUACUUGAUCCAUCAUCGUAGUGGGCCUGAUUUUAGGCAUUUGAUCUAGUGGGGUUUAGUCAGGAAAUUAGGGUGGGGAAUUUUUCUUUUAUUUUUUUGGCUAAUUUUUCACCUUAGGAAUCUGAACUCUUAGGGUACUU